GUGUAAGCAUUUCCAAACCCGGACGCGCUCACACACUCGAUUAAGAUUCUCUCUCUCACAUCCCUUUCUCCGAGAUAAACCUAAAGAAAGAGUAAAGAAAUCCUUUUCUUCUUCUUGCCCAGCAGCUACUGCAUACCUCACCUAUACAUACACCCUACCAUAUCUACGCAUGUACGGAAAUGGCGAUUCCAGAGUGAGAGGGUGAAGCAAAAAAUCUGUUUUUGAGAAACUCUCCCUCUCUCUCGCGCGCGCUGGAGAUGGCGGAGCUGCAGCCAGGGAACGGUCUGCAGCCAAACUGCGGCGUUCCUCCACCGGAGACCCUUGUGAUUGAACCACCGGCGGAAGCCACUGCCAUCGGAGCCAGCGGCUCCGUUGGAUCGAAGCGGCUGAGAAGACCGAGCGUCCGAUUAGGAGACAUCGGCGGCGACCAGUACCAUCUCGUGCCGUACGAUUCGCAAGCAAGAAGAUCAAAAUGGAAACCGUCGGGUAAUCGAAAGGAACCGAAUUCGACUGGUAAGUCGUCGAGGACUCGAACCUUAACGAAUUUGGGCUCCGGGCACGAGAACAGCGGAAACCUAGACGAGGAGAGAGAAGGGAACGUGGAUUCCAUGGCCGUCGGGAGUUGGAGGGUCAAGAAACGGGUCGCCGGACCGGCGACGACAGCAUCCACCAAGCGGGUUCGGUCGAAUUGGGUGCCAAAAACGGAUGAGAUCCGAAACAGUUUCGAUCACGGGGAUGAGAAAUGCAGCGGAGGAGAAGAUAUGGAAGAAGGGUUUCGCGAUUUCAGCCGGGAAGAUUCGAAGUCUCCGAUGAAAGAAGAGUCGCAUGAGAAUUCGACGGAAAGAGACGAUUUUUACAGUAGAAGAAGGUGCAGUAGCACAAGUAGAAGUAGGAUGAGGGUUUUCGAGAGUAGGGGAUUCGAGUUAUCUCAGCGGUCGGACAUGGACGGCGGGGGAGGGGGAGGAGGAGGGAGAGAAGGGGUGAAAAUAUGGCUGGAAGAGUUAGGGUUGGGGAGAUACUGGCCGGUGUUUGAGAUAAACGAGGUAGAUGAAGAGGUUCUGCCAUUGUUGACACUGGAGGAUCUGAAGGAUAUGGGGAUAAAUGCUGUAGGAACGAGAAGGAAGAUGUACUGCUCAAUUCAGAAGCUCGGGAGGGAGUUCUCAUGAGAGAGAGAGAGGUAGAGAGUGGGAAUUUUGAUCGGUAAAAUUGGAAUUAUUGAAUGUCAGCCAUGGCAAUGUAAGCUGCAAUGUCUGAACCUCUCCAAAAAAAAAAGCUGUUCUUCUCUUU